GUGUCAGUCUGAGAGUCUGUGGAUAAGUGAACAGCUGGAACAUCAAGACGGCAAGAAGAAAUGCUCUUUUCCAUUCAUUCAUGCCAAAUAUGAGAUUUAAACAUCGAAUAUUAUUCAGUGUGUUGAAUAUAUUUUUAUUAGUAAACAAUGUAAUCUCAGAGGAUACGGAGGUAUACAAGGGGAAGUACCUUGGCAAGAUUAAUUCUUAUCAUCACCAGGUGACAGGUGACAUUUAUGCUGUAGAUGAGUACACAUUUCUGCUCACAAACUUCAACUAUGAUGGUAAUGGAGCUGACACAUUCUUCUGGGCAGGUGCUUCGAACCGUCCAGGACCACAAGGCUUUAUAGUUCCAGAUGAAUAUGGAAAGACAAACGUAUUGGACCGUUAUUUUAAUAAAGACUUCACUCUGACCUUACCUGACAACAAGAAAAUCACUGAAAUCAAGUGGUUUGCUGUGUACGACCUCUCAAGUCAGAACACUUUCGGAGAUGUCUACAUACCAGAAGAAUUUGAGCCACCCACAACCCAGAAGAUCUCAAGGCUCACAAGUCACUCCCAUGAUGUGGAGUCAGAAACCAUCGAGAUUAUCGAUGCAAAGACAAUAAAGAUAUCACAGUUUACGUAUAAUGGUGGAGGAAAAGAUACAUACUUCUGGGUUGGACUUGGACCACAGCCUUCUUCUAAAGGCACCAAAGUUCCAGAUGAAUAUGGAUAUCUUGACCCUCUGCGAACAUACAGCAAAGAAGACAUUAUACUUCAGCUUCCAGGGGAAUGGACCAUUUUUGAAAUUGACUGGUUCAGUAUAUUUGAUGUUGAGAGCAAGCAGAACUAUGGAUCUGUGAUCAUCCCAGAUGGUCUGAAUGUGCCUCCCUCUCUUGUUAAAGUUGUGCCGCACACAAAUGCUCUGCCAAACUGUUUCCAAUUACACAAAGACAUUCAAGUGAGCUGGGAGAUAUUUGGUCCUCAGAUUACCAUUCAACUUGCUGGGCAAGUUGCUGAAGAUGAGUACAUGGCUUUUGGGCUGAGUGCUGCUGAAAACAAGAGUGAAAUGAUUGGUUCUGAUGUUGCGAUCGCAUAUAUAGAUGGCUACUUGGGUUAUGCUACUGAUUACAACAUCACAGCUAAAGCUCCAUGUGGGAAAGUCCUGGGGCAGUACAAAGGUGUCUGUAAGGAUGAGCUCCUUGGAGGUAUUGACAACAACCAGUUACACACUGCUGUACGGGAGAGUGGUAUUAACAUCAUUACUUAUCGGCGCACACUUAUAUCAUCUGAUCCUGGAGACAAGGAAUAUCCCAUAGAAGGAUCAUCCUAUGUGGUGUGGGCUAUUGGGCGGUUGAACCAUAACAAGGAACCCAUGUUUCAUGAUGUUUACCCCAAGGGUAAUGUGCAAAUUGAACUGAACAGAAAGGAGAAAGAAAGCAAUUGUUUUGCUUUCACUCGAACUCAUGAGAGUUUCAGGGAACCUUGGGAUAAGAGCCAAAUUUUUGAUCGAACAAUCCGCACUUUUACAGCAAUUCUAGGACCAUCUGCAGGGAAGAGAGGCUACCAAGGAAUUACUGGCAUGACUUCCACUGGACUGGCAUGGUAUGUAAAUGGUUACUUAAUCCCCGAGUUGUGGCUGCGUAGAGGGUUAACUUAUGCUUUCAAAGUGUAUGGUGGUAAUAAUCCACAUAGUGCUGAGACUUAUCACCCCUUCAUCAUAACUGACGAACCUCAUGGAGGAUUUGACAGGCUCAGUGAAGAGGCUCAGAAAAAAGUGAGGGUCCUGGCAGGUGUAGAAUUCACGAGAAGGGGACAACCACGCCCCACUGCAGCGGGACCUUUGUGCAUUGCACGGCACAAUGGAAGGGAUAGAAGACUGGAUGAUGACUUUCCAACAUUUAAGAAGUUCAAUCGCUCUCUGGUGUUCUCGUGUGAUGAAGGUGAACCAGCCAUCUUGGAAGUGACACCCAACACAACGUGGCCAGAUGUUGUGUACUAUAACAGUUUCACACAUGCCAACAUGGGCUGGAAGAUUCACAUUGUGGACAGCUAUACAAGUGCCAGCAGAUCUCUCCCAUCCAUCCAAAUGUCUGUACAAACUGUGAUAGUCAUGUGUGCUUUUGCAAUAUUUGCAGCACUGUAGCACAUGUUUUUGAAAUGAUAAAUACACUGUCCUAACA